CGGGACUCUCUCUGUGGUGUCCCUUCCGUCACUUCCGGCGAGCCUCUCGCGGGUUCUGGGUUUUAGAGCGUAGGCCGCGGUUGUGUAGAAGCAGCUCUGGGUUUCUAUUGUAAGGUUCACGAAGAGAAGCGGAGUCACCAAGUUCUGUCAGUCAUGUUCUCUUUCAACAUGUUUGACCACCCAAUUCCCCGGGUCUUCCAGAACCGCUUCUCUACACAAUACCGCUGCUUCUCCGUGUCUAUGCUUGCAGGGCCUAAUGACAGGUCAGAUGUGGAGAAAGGAGGGAAGAUAAUUAUGCCGCCCUCAGCCCUCGAUCAACUCAGCCGGCUCAACAUUACCUAUCCUAUGCUGUUUAAAUUGACCAAUAAGAACUCAGACCGAAUGACACACUGUGGUGUACUUGAGUUUGUUGCUGAUGAAGGCAUCUGUUACCUCCCCCACUGGAUGAUGCAGAAUUUGCUGUUGGAAGAAGGGGGCCUGGUUCAGGUGGAGAGUGUCAACCUUCAAGUGGCUACCUACUCUAAGUUCCAGCCUCAGAGCCCGGACUUCCUGGAUAUCACCAACCCUAAAGCAGUAUUAGAAAAUGCAUUGAGAAACUUUGCCUGUCUGACCACUGGAGAUGUGAUUGCUAUCAACUACAAUGAGAAGAUCUAUGAACUGCGGGUGAUGGAGACCAAACCUGACAAGGCUGUAUCCAUUAUUGAAUGUGACAUGAAUGUGGAUUUUGAUGCUCCCUUGGGCUAUAAAGAACCAGAAAGACCAGUGCAGCAUGAGGAGUCAAUAGAGGGUGAAGCUGACCACAGUGGCUAUGCUGGAGAGGUGGGCUUCCGUGCCUUCUCUGGUUCUGGGAAUAGACUGGAUGGAAAGAAGAAAGGGGUUGAGCCCAGUCCCUCCCCCAUCAAGCCUGGAGACAUUAAAAGAGGAAUUCCUAAUUACGAAUUUAAGCUUGGUAAGAUCACUUUCAUCAGAAAUUCACGCCCAUUGGUCAAAAAGAUCGAAGAGGAUGAAGCUGGGGGCAGAUUCGUUGCUUUCUCGGGAGAAGGGCAGUCGCUGCGGAAGAAGGGAAGAAAGCCCUAAGUCCAAAACUGUUGGCUGACUGGAAAAUAAAAGAUGCAUUUGCAACAUACUGGCUUAUGGUUAUUGGCUCUGACAAGUUCAGAGAAUGCUCUCUAAUUUAUGGUUUGUUUAGUUACCUAAGCUUGUUGUAGGUGCAAAACAGAAGUGGAGCUUGUGUGCUUAACCUGGGGAAGAGACAUUGCUCUCAGGUCCUAUGGGUGGCUGCCUCCUCUGCUUCAUGCAUUCUGCUCCAGGGCUCUCCCAGACCAGACCUCACAGGGCUGUUCCCCUUCUUGCCUUGCUCUUCCCUCCCAGGUCUGUAUAGGGCAUUGUUUUCAGCAAAUUAUAGCACUCAGGCCAUGAGCUGAGUCCUUGGCAAAGAUGGCCUCUGCUUUUAUUUACAGUGACUUCUUCAGAAGAGAUCUCAUCCAGACGAAUUCACUCUUGUUUUGACCUGCUGGCUGUCAGUGAAUUCCAUGCUGAAGCCAAAUAUGGAAGUCAGAAUGAAUAAAUACUAAAGUAUGCCCCCCCAUGCAAUUUUAUUUACCACCCAAAGUUAUGAUUGUUUUUCAAGUACUAGGACUGAGCUGAAACCUCAUGAAUAUUAAGCAUGCCACAUUCUCUGCCACUGAGGUUCCCCCCAUCUCAUUUUCUUACUGUUUUAUUGUCCUCAGCUCUGCACUUUGUAUGAUGUACAAUCUUUUGACAUGCUGAUCAUUAUUUAAAAUUUGUUCCUUGAGAAUAGUUCUUAUUCAAAAAUUAAAUAAACUGAUUAAAA